CGUAUUAGUGGUUUAGCAUUCUUCAGGGAGAGUUCAUCACACUGGAUGGUUGUUGUGUAGACAUACAUAUCAAAUAAUCGUCUCAGUGAGCACCUGCUUGCGUGAUGAGCAGAGAAGCUUGUUUACUUCCAUCGCUAGGCGACGGGUUUCCUCAUCUUACAGCUGGAUGAAUGUAUUCCUACGAGCCACCGGGACUUGGGGGGGCAUGCAUGUAUGUUCGACUUGUCUUCUACUGUCUAUACGUUUUCAAAUCAGACCUAGCAAUUUUUUGCACAACAGAAUUCCUUUAGUGCCUGAAAUGGCCCUCGCAAGUGGACACUGGGUUGUAAAGGAGACUGGAGGAAUGCCACCCAGCCCUAGAGCUGGUCAUGCGGUUGCCGUGGCAGGAAAUAUCGCUUUCUUGCAUGGAGGCGCCUCAAACAUGAACUCCAAGGUGUGUAACAUCAGCAGCCUGAAUGAUAAGAAGAAUAGAUGCUUUAAAUGACAUCCAGCAUUUAUAACAACCUUGUUACCCCCUCCUGUAUAACUUGGGAGAUGAUGCCUCAGAAUGGAGUUGUACCGACUGCAAGAGAAGGCCACACACUUUGUGUUGUCAAAGGGAAACUGUACUUAUUUGGAGGCUCCUGCGAUCCUGAAUCAAAAGAAUGUCUUCCUGGUGUCUACUGCUUUGACGUUGUUACGUUGAGAUGGGAGAAGCUGGACACUGUGGGCGUGGCGCUGAAGACUCUCAGACACAGCUCAGCAGCCUUAGGGGAUAACAUCUAUGUCUAUGGAGGAAUUCUGGAUGGAACGCCUACAGAUGACCUUAUGAUGUUCAACACAGUGUCAAUGAUUUGGACACCGAUCAAAACAAGCGGGACUCCACCAUCUGCAAGAUAUAACCACACGUGCGCUGUAGUCAAUGAGCAGAUCUUCCUGUUUGGGGGCUGUGAAGCAGAUGGAUCCUACUACAAAGACAUUCAUGUCCUGAAUAUUGCGACCCUGACGUGGCAGAGAAGUGAGGUAAAGGGCGAGUCGCCGCUCUCCUGCGCUGGUCAGACCUUCACAGCUCACCAUGACAAGGAUAUUUAUUUGUUUGGAGGGAUGAUCCAAAGCCCAGAUGGAAACAUUUCAUCGACCAAUGAAAUGCACAAGCUGAGCCUGGCAAAGAUGAAAUGGAAGGUACCUCUAUACGUGGGGAUUCCUCCGGCUAGACGUCACGGCCAUGCAGCCUUUAUUAUUCAUAGUCACAUGUAUGUGUUUGGAGGCAGAAAUGAAGAACAGGAAUUCAAUGACGUGAAGAUAAUGAGAUUAAUCAACCCUUCGGAGAGACAGCCCGUCAUGAAGGAGAUUCUGUCUGAAUUUGGGCUUCAGGGUGUGAGUAACAGCUUUGUGCCAACGAAGGUUCCCAACGUGAGGUAUGAGCUGAGUGAGACGCCGUUAACCCUGAGGAUCGAGAGAACCGAGUCCGCACAGCCCACAGCUUAUCAAGAUUUCGUCACAGUUCGAGGUGAAGCAAUGACCCUGAUCCAUCAAGCUUUUGCCAUUUUAGACGAGCAGUUCCGGAAAUUAGACAGUGAAAAGUCUGAUCUUUCAGAAGCAGUGCAAGCGCUGCGUUGUGAGAGACAGGCCAUCGAUGAAUAUCACCAGAAACAGAGCCAGGAACUUCAGGAAAUGCUAGAGAGGCACAGACUUCAGAAUGAGGCUUGGCUACGAGCUCGGGCCGAAGAGAACGACAAGGAGAGGAAGGAGCUGUGCAAACUCAGGGAGGAAGUGCUCCAUGAGCAGGAGAAGCUGAAAGAAGAGCAGUGCAACAUCCAAAAACGCAGCGAGCGCCUCCUGUCCAUUAUGCAGCAGUUCAAAGGCAUGUGAAGACACUGUCUCUAUGGCAACUGGAAGGAGGGGAGAGGGGGCCGAGUUUUUUUUUGUUUUCCAUCGCACUUCUUCAAUGUCAAAGUGUGCGCGCUCACGGGCCGCUCAGUCUGCAUGGACCAUUGCAGAAAUGCAUACGUGGAGAAUAUAUUUGCAUAAUUACCAUUUAGCUUCUGUUCUACGGAGAGACAGAUAGCAUUAUGUAACUAAUAAAAAGCUAAUUUGACUAUAUAAGCAAGAACAAUGCACAGACAUUUAUAAAUGAGACCCAGAAAGAACGAUUACCAGGAAAUGGAGAAAUUUGAAUUGAUUUUGUUGAAUAAAAAUUGGUUUAAUCUUACAUACAUGUACAAAGCUAUUGUCUUUACUUUGUUUUUGUCCUUAUUG